GCUGCAGACAACGCGAUGAGCAGAUCCCUGUUCCUAAUUCUACUCCUGGGAAUCUCCUGCCUGGAGAUUUCUCAGGCUCGCUCUCUUCCGGAGCAGAAACGUCAAAGAUACGUGCGCAGACGCAUAUCGCCCGACAAUCCCGAUCUGGAGAUUAUCGAGAUCAAGGAGGUGUUCUAUGUGCGGCGGCCCAAGAAGGUGGUCGUCCCACUCGAUUCUGCCGAAUUAGACUGGAGAAUUCGCUGCGAUUUCGAUCCAAGUCUACCGGAGUGUGGGGAUUAUUUAAAGAAGCCCGUCGCUGCCACCAGGCCACCCACAACCACAACUACAACCACUGCGGCGCCCACAACCACAACCACCAGCACCACCACCACAACCACUCGUAGAACGACCACCACUACAGAGCCUGCGGAUGAGUCUAUGGAGCGUAGGAUUCGCUGUGAGUUCGAUCCCACAGCAGAGGAAUGUGCACCAUCAACCACUUCUACAACAACCAGCACCACAACAACCACUACGGAAACACCUGUUCUUUCCGAAUCAGAAGAGCAUAUACCCAUCUAUGAAACUACAGAACACACUAGAGCUUCUGAUUACGUAAUCUUCGAACCGGAUGAUAAAGAGGAGGUCCCAGAAGAAACAAGUUCAGAUGAAGAAAUCCCACUGGUUGGUCCCUUUAGCGACGAGGAUCAAGUAGAUCAAGAAGAUCAAGAAGAUCUAGAAGAUCAGGAAGAUCAGGAGGAUGACGCUGAUAUGGAUACGGCUUACGGCCUCAACGAUAGCGAAAUCCACUCCAUUGGGGCUCAUGAUGACGGCACCUGGAAUUAGACUUAGAGCCAAAUGAAAAGCAGCAAAUGAUCGGGGCAAUUGCAGUUCGAUUUGAUCUGUUACCUUAAUUGAACGCCAAUAAAAUGGCAAUUGCGGAACUA